GUUAUUUAUUUGCUCCAAAAUGCAUUGAAAAUAAACGAAUAAAGCAGGUAUUAAAGACGGGACGAUAACUUGUUAGUGUUUUAUGCACUUGAAUUUUGCACAUUUACCUUGCCAAGUCUAUUCUAGUAGCUAGUUGUCAUGUCCCUACCUCCAGAGAAGGCACCCGAGCUGAAGCAAAUCAUACACAACCAUUUGAUGAAGAUUAAUAUUCAUGGAAAGAUCCGAGAGGUCUUAGCAGAGACUGUGAGAGAGGAUUCUGGUAUUACAAAUCAGCCUCUUUCAGAGAAAGACUUCCUCCAUGCUUUACAACGCCGGGGCAUCAUAGACAGUGUCAUGAAAGAUCUGCAUUUUACACAGCAAAGAGCAGCAGAGGUAGAAACACAGUCUCCAUCAAGACCUGCUACACAUUUCAUUGAUAAAGAUGAGAUGCAGUUAAGUAAAACUAACAUCGAUCCAUGCAGACGAUACCUUUAUCUCCAGAUACAAGGCGGCAAGGCUUUUCUGGAGCAUCUUCAGGAGCCAGAGCCACUACCUGGUCAGGUGUGCUCCACAUUUACGUUGUACCUGCAUUUCCGCAAUCAGAGGUUUCGCUCUAAACCAGUGCCCUGUGCCUGUGAACCUGACAUAAAGGAAGGCUUCCUCCUAGAGGUCCACAAAGAUGACCUGGGAGAAGGCAGUAGAAUGGCAGAUGCCACAACAAUGCUAUCUAUCUGUGACCCUGUUCAUUUGGUGCUAAUAAAGACCGAUACGUCCAGUGAAACCGUUCUGGUUUCAUCACAUUUUCUUGACUGGAGGACUGUUCUCAGUUCAACCAUCAGCAAAACUUGCAUUGCUGUGGAGUUGAUGGGUGUUGGAAGUGAAUGUAAAGUCCCAGCUGGUAUUUUGACUGUGAGCCUGGAGCUCUACCCUCCUCUGACAGAGACAAUCAGCCCUGACAUAAUCUCCACACAGCAAUCACUUGAAAGACAGAGGAAUGCAGAAAAAGAGAGACUGUUUUUAGUUUAUGCAAAGCAGUGGUGGAGAGAGUUUCUGGAGAUACGUCCCACACACCAAUCCAAAAUGGUCAAGAUCUUUGCACAGGACGAGAAUUGUGUAAAUAGACCAGUGUGUUCUUAUGUGCGAGUGCUCCGAGCGGGACGUCUCCUGGAGAGCCCCAGACAGGCGGCCCGCUUUGUCAGCCUGCUGGCUCACGAAAAGGCCCCUGUCGUGGGGAGUGGAGCAGGCAAGCACGAACAGUGGUGCACACUUCUGGCCUUUCUCUGUCGAGGCAAGGGUGACUGUGAGGACCAUGCCACUCUCCUCUGCAGCCUGCUCCUGGGAUUUGGACAGGAUGCUUAUGUGUGUGUGGGAACCAAGACCAAAGGAGUACCCCACACGUGGGUCCUGACCAGAGGCACUGAUGGGAGCGUCACGUUUUGGGAGAGCCUCACUGCUCACAGAUACCUUCAUCAGGCCAUAGACCCAGAUGCCCCGCCUCUGGUGCAGCAGCCCAAACCCUCUCACCCCUAUCGCACUGUGGGCUGUGUCUUCAACCACCAGAGUUUUUUAGCAAACUGUCAGCCCUCAGAUGCUGUGGAGCUGUGCGUCUUUGACUUUCAGAACCAGUCUCGGUGGAAGGCGAUGAGCGAAGAGGCCCUGAAGUCUGUGUGCUUUCCCGGAUCAAGCACCUCUCUGCCUCCCGUCCCGCCUCUGACUGCCCCCACACUGGACUCAGCUGUUGUUAGCAACCAGCUAGAGCUAGAGAUGCGCUACCUCAUCUCAGAGCACAGGAAGGACUUGGACUUGGCCACAGUUUGGGAUGACCACCUGUCGUACCUGCUGUCCUCGGCUCUGUCGGCCUACGAGCUGGAGCGUUGCACUGGUGUGUCCUGUGGGAACGAGGAGUUUCAGGACGCUGUGAGGAGGGCGGUGCCAGAUGGACACACCUUCAAGGGGUUCCCCAUUCACUUCCUCCACCGCAAUGCCCGCCGAGCUUUCGCCACCUCACUCAGAUCUCCUUUCUGUGAUGAGAUCAUCUGUUGCCGUGGGGACCAUGUGAGGUUGGCUGUGAGGGUUCGUGUUUUUGUUUACCCUGAAAACGCCUGUGCCGUCUGGAUCAUGUUUGCUUGUAAAUAUCGCUCUGUGCUCUGACCACAGCUCCACACAUGAUGGACCCUAAAAAGAUUUCAUAAAUUAUACAUUUUUUAUGUUAUAUGAGU